UCAGACAGCUGGCUCUGGAACGUGCUGAUUUAUUUUAUAUUGUAUUAAUCAAUAGAUAUCGAAUAUGCUAGUGAAGUUUGUAAAUCAAAUUUGAGAAUGGGACAAAUGCUAUUGAAAGUUCAUAGCAAACAAUCUACCAGUUUCUUUUAAUCGUAAUACGAAUAUUAUUAUAAGUGAUUUUUAAUGUGUGUGUACAUACUUUUGCCUUGCUCAGCAACACAAAUUACGUGUGACUUCAAGCCGAAUAGACAAAAAAACUGUGAAAUCAUAAAUUCUUGGAAAUAAAAGAUUUCAUGAUCUUUCAAAAUAAGAAAAUUAAUUUCGUGUAUAAAUUAUAAGUAAUCGGCGUAUCACAAUUCAUAUAUUUUUGUUGAGAAUAAACUAUGAUUUCGUCCUGCUUUAUUGGCAAUAAGGGGUUGCCCUUCGAAAACCAAAAAGUCGUAUAAAUGAAAUUUUGAGUUUUUUGUUCUCAGUUACUUCGAUUUUGUUAUCUUUCGUAACACGGGUACUUGGUACUCAUUCGUUCCGUCAUUCUCUUCCUUUUCGUAAACAGACAAUAUCUUAAAAGCCUAGUUAUUUUUUCUAAUGAUUCCGCUCUUGUUAAUGUUUAUAAAAUAACGAAAGGUACAUUUACAAACUACAUAUGUACUACAAAUGUAACUAUUUUAUGUCUUGAUCAUAAGAAAAACUGAAUUGAUACGAAAACUUAAAACAAAAACAAAAAUGACUGCCGACGAAUGUCAGUCUAGUGAAUGAAUGAAUGAAUGGUGAGUGAAGUGCGUGCAUAAUACAAAGAAAAGAGCAGAGAAAAAAAUGUAGACAUAUCGACAUAUCUUUGGUACAAGACAAGUUGAACGUUUUUCUUAAUAAAUCAAAGCAAAAAUUGGGAAUAUCUAGCAAAAACGUGACUGCGAUCGAGUAGUUGGAUUUGUUACUCUUUUUGGAUCUGUUGGAGAGUGUGAUGGAGCUAUUGAAUAAUACAUCGUCACCUUCUAUUAAUGGCAGCAAUAUUAGUUCAGCACAACACAGCGAAACGUUGUAUCAGAUACCCAUGGAAGCCAAUAAUUUAGCACAAGAUUCUGUCGCAGUUUCUCUGGGAAACGCAGAUGCUCACGACAAUGUUGUUGGGGUGGGAGAAGGCAGUGGUGUUGUUGUCGAGCUGCAGCAACACAAAACGUUGCCUAGAUCAUCAAGUAGUAGUGAUAGUGAGUCCGAAGAACCCCUAAAUUCAGCAGCGGGCACAUCAGCUGAUGGCAAUGGCGAGAGAGUGGCUUCUCCCCCACCGAACUGUGCCAUUUGUUUGGGACGGUGCAAGAACAAGUGUUUUACGGAUUCGUGUAUGCAUCAGUUUUGUUUCAAAUGUCUGUGCGAAUGGAGCAAAGUAAAGCCGGAGUGUCCAUUGUGCAAACAAACCUUCAAAUCCAUCAUACACAAUGUUAAGUCUGAAGAUCAAUUUGAGGAGUACCACGUUCAACCGCCAACCGUACCGAUUACGAAUUCGCACUAUGAAAUGGAUUUGACGCAAAUGCGUAUAUAUGGUGUAGUGAGUCAAAACAUUGGUCGCUCAGAAGCAUGGAAUGAGCGUGUACAUCGUCCUUUAUUCAUUUAUCCUGGCGGCGGCGGCAGUGGUUCUGUGCCAUCGGCUGGUAUCCCAGCUGCCGGUAACAAUCGUACUACAGCAAUUCGAAGUUUACGCAAUCAAUAUGUGUAUAGGGGCGAGCUAUUGGAUUUGUACCGCCAAGAUUAUCCUGACAGCAAUUUGAGCCAAUUAUGGCGUCGUUAUGUAUACGAUCGCAGGCUAUAUGCUUUGCCAGUUUGUGAUAUAACUGGGCGAUUCCGUGAAAGCAGUGCUCAGUAUUAUAGAGAUAAUCCAGCUCAAAUCCACCGUUUGGUACCAUGGAUCAGUCGGGAUUUGCAAUGUCUGCUGCGCCAAUCGCAGCAAGAUGGGCAAUCGCAGCACGAUGUCAAUACAGUUUUGGAAUCAAUAAAUACGGCAUUAAGCCUAAUGAAUAUACUAUCACCAGCAUUCCGUCGCCGAUUGCAAGUGUUUUUGGGAAAUAAAACGGCACAUUUUAUUCAUGAACUUAACAAUUUCGCACGGUCACCAUAUGACAUGAAUGGCUAUGAUCGCGUGGUAGAAUAUUCUCCGCAGUCAAAUGAAGAUGUUGUAAUCGAGUUCAGUACAUCGGAAGAGUCAAGCGAUAAUGAUGAUAUUGAUGAUAUUGAUGUGGCAGACGAUUCGACCGUAGCUAUACCAAAUUCUGCAUCGACAAAUGGUGGGACUAUUGAUUAUGAUGAUGAUAAUGUUCCAAGUUAUCACAGAGUAAUAAAUGCUCAUCUCAACUCUUUUACAGCUAUAAAUUUGACCAUACAUAAUCGUUUGACAUCGAAUGGCGGAAGGGCAGCUGAGGCUACAUUAAGUUCAAGUGGCUCUGUGCGAUCUGUCGCACAAGAUGGUGUUAGCUUGGUGAUCGAUUUAAGGGGCGAGUCGGAAGAGGCUUCCGCGUCCACUGCUACUGCUCGCUCUGAACCUGAUGGUAAUACGAAUCCACCCCAAACAACUGUUACAGUCGCCGAAAAUAUAGAACUAACUUCCGGAAGCAGUGAUGAAUGUGAAUUCGUUUUGGAACGCAAACCUCCGCACUUACGUACACCCGAGAUGGUUAGUUUAGACUCUGCAUCCGAUUCAGAUGUAGUUUUUAUUGAGGAAUCGAAACCAUUAAACAAAUCCACGUUUAGUACAAGUGAAGGCGAGCCUGAGGAUGAUGUCAGGGGAGAAAAGCCAAAACGAUCAUCAAAUCGUAUUAAGAUUACGGCCUUAGUGGAGGCCAAGAAACGCAAUCAACAAUCGUCAAAUGUUGUGAAAAAUGAUAUCCAGAGCAAUGCGGAAAUAUAUAACGUGGGUGCCAGUACAUCGGCAGCGCUGCGUCUUUCCAUACAACAGCGUACUGAUAGGUCGCGAAUGAAGCGCACAAAAUAUUCCCUGAGAAAUAGCAUAGUUAAUCCGCAACAGCCGCCAAGACGUCGCGGCAAACGUUUACCAAGUGAGAGUAGCCAUUCCAGUAGUUGUACGACUGCUUUGUCAACGUCCUCGAACUCUGAAUCAAAUGAAGAAGCUAAAAGUGGCUGUUCGACCGAUGAAGAGUAUGUUCUAUCUGCAGCGCAAAAACGAAACCCCAACCCGCGAAAACGACGGAGGGUAAAAAAGACCAGAAGUGGCCAAUGCAGAAGUUCAUCAAAAAGUGAUUCACGAAAGCGAAAUAAACCCAAUAACGAACAAUCGACUGGCAUCGAUGACGAUGAAGAGGAGGACGACAAUGGCCAUUUGGGCAAAAACUUUGCCCUUGUCAUGGCCAUUGGCGAAAGACUAAAGAGGCAAAAGGAGAAGCAUAAAAAAACUCGUAGAACUGAUGUAUCCAAUGAUGAGGACCACAGCGACGAAGAAAAUUCUUGGCGCUUGAAAGCGGUUAAUGAACCACUAAGAAAGCAGCAGGAACAGAGGGUGAUAGCCAAAAGGGUUGAUAACCAACGCAAGCGAAAGCUACGCAGAUCUUCACAAACGGCCAUCGACAACGCAAAACAAAUGAAAGUCGAUCACUGUGACAACACGGAUUUGACGAAUGGUGCAGUCGCAAAGCAUAUUAACUCGGAUUCGUCUAGCGAUGAAAGUGAAAGUGAUAAUUUAAAAUUAAUUGAACUUAAAAGUAAGCUAAGGAGAAAAUCUAGUAACACCAGUUUAGAAGCGACAGUUGCAAAUUGUUUAGAGUCUGAAAUGAACGAAUUGGUGGGAGAUAGUGCGUCACAUAGCCAGAUUCAGAAUAAGAACGAGGGAAGUCCACGUCCAACGUUUAAGCAAGAAUUGCCAGAAACUCCACUAACGCCUGCAGCUCCCUCUGAAGCAAAUGAUAAUGAUGUCGAUAGCAGACCCACUACACAGCCAGACGUUGACUUGCAUAGUUCUGAUGACGACAAUGAUGAUCAAAUAACACAACUUCUCAAUGCUAACGGUGAGCAGCAGAGGUGCAAUUAUAAGGGGGAUAAGAGUAAUGUUAGUGGCGAGUAUUCCCAAGACCACAUAGAUAAUGAUUGCAGCAAUGAGACAACAAAUUUAUCUUCUCCUAUGGCACGAGAAGAGGAAGAGGAUGAAAAUGGGGGAAACCACGAAGAUGACGACGAUGUCAGCGAAGCUGCUCUAAAUAUUCCAACGUCGCUAAAUCUAUCCCAUGAAUCCAAUGUAUUCGAUGGAGCAAGCAUGAGCACAACAACUACGGACACAAUUCUUAACGAUACUGCCGAACAAAUUUCUUCAGCUGCAGUCAACUUUCAUAAUCCUCAACAACAAUCCUUUAAUACUGCCGAUUUUAAUACCAUGCCAACCGGUUGUAUGUACCGGAUUGACCCGAUGGAGUCCUUCAUCGGCAAGGGUUGCCGCCUCGGUGCACAACCCACUGCAACAACAACAACAACAACUGCCGAUUUAGCCGAUGACAAUACAUCGAAUAGUAGCUGUUCGGAAAGUUCUGUUUCAUCAACCACAACAGCAACAAGCAGUAACAGCAGCAGCAGCAACACUAAUGGUUUUGUAAAUUAUAAUCUUUCCUAAAUUGUGUAAGUUUAAGCUGCCGUUAAACUAUACCUAAAAUGCAGCUUAAUAAAAUGGAAUUCCACUCACUUCAUCCCAUUUUGAGAGACACUCGUCAAUAAUAAAUAGAAAAAAAAACUAAAUGAACCACAAAUAGCACGGAAACCAUAGACAUACGCAUACGAAAUUUGUUUUACACCAUGCAUACCUACUACCAACACAAUGAAUACAUCCAUCAUUAUUAAUACUAUUAUUGUCAUCAUAUAGGAUGUGGUUUGACUUCGCUCAAUCCCACAAUGAGUUCUUUGAUUUUGUUGUCUGGAUGACUUGAAAUAGGUCAAGCCAAGAUCUGCAAACACAACCAACCGCUAGUUUAAUUUAUUUUAAGAUUUUAUUUACAAAGAAAUGGUAACAUUUUAGUGAAUACCUUUAAGUUUUGUAUGUACAUUUAUAUUUGUUUAUUUUCUGUCACAUAAAAAAUACAAAAUAUUUUUGUAGAAAUCCAAUCUGUGCGAACAUCUAGUAUAUGCAUCUACAUACAUACAUACACACACACACACACACACGCAGAUACACAGAUUAGAAUAUUAUUAUUUCAUAUCCUGCCCACAAGCCCAUGGGUGGAUAAAUAUUAUAAGAAUGUGUUAUAAAUAAUCACAAAGAAAAUAUAUGAACGUAAUGGUGUUUUAUUUCCUACCAAACAGCAAUGCAUACCUACUUUGUAAAUGUUAAAUACAUCCUUACAUAAAAGCAUACGCAACUGCUUUCCACACUUUCCUUAAAUAAAGGAUUCCCACUCUGCAACAGCCAAAUGCAUCAUCUGCACUGUGUAGGAGAGGACGGACGACUAUUGUACAUAUUUAUGUAUUUGCUAAAGUUUACUUCACAAUCCAGGAUCUCGCUGACUUGUCCUUGGAUAUGACAUAUGAUUUCUGUGGACGAUGGUGUUCACUGUUCAUACGAUCAUAAUGAAACAUGCAGCGAUGUUAUUGUAUUAAUUAACAACAAACAGAAAAAUGCUUUUCUCGUUCUAAGUUUUAUAAGCGAUAUUUUACAAUUAAAUAAAUUAACUAUAAUACUUAUAGAUAUUAUACAUUCAUUAUACUUACAAACAGACAGUCAACAGACACCACAACACUAACAACAUACACACUUUGAAGAAACAACAGAAUAGAUAAGAAAUACAUACAUACUUUCGUGUAUUCAA